AUGCCCGCCGUCCUCCCACCGAACUACACCCUCCACCAGGGCUACCCCGCCGUCGAAUCCUACCUCCACCUCCGCCACACCAAGAAACACCCGAAAUCACCAACCGCCCAACAAGCCGAAUCCGCCCUCCGGGGAAGCUGGUACGGCUGCUACAUCACCUACACGGCACCAGCUUCACCUUCCACCUCCGAAAAAAUUACCACCACCAACCCAGAAACGCAAAAAACCGGCGAAGUGGUCGCCAUGGCCCGCCUCAUCAGCGACGGAAUCUGCACCUUUCACCUGACGGACCUGCUCAUCGCCGCGGACCACAAGUACAAGAAGCUGGGAAACGUGGUCGUGGCGCAUCUCCGGGAGAAAGUCCGCGAGUAUGUGGUCGGCUUGGGGAUUGGCGAAACAGAUAAAGAAGGGGAGGAGAAGGAGGCUGCCCUUCGGAGCACGGAGGUCACGAUGCCGGUGCAUGCGUGGCCGGAGGAGCACGAGAUCUAUUAUGCGGAGGGGUUUGUGGAGGCGUGGCCGUCGUCGAGGGGCAUGGUGUUGGAUUGGAGGCAGAUUCAUGAUUUUGAUUUCGAUGAAUGA